AUGAAAUCCGUUGACAGAUGCUGUAACGAGAACUUGUGCCUAUUCACCAACAAUUCCGAUCCUUUGAAGCAACCUGCUGGUGGCUACGGCGCACACAAGGGACCAAGAGCGCAGUUUUUCACCAAAGCGCCGUUCGAGUCUAUGAUUGUCGGUGAUCUCGGAGUAGAAAUCAUUUACCCUGUUAGUGAUUCUCAGUAUUUCAACCACUGGUUCAUUGAUUAUAAGAUGGCUCCCGGAAGUAACAUAUCUCGUCGUCGGGCGCAUAACCUCCUACUACUAUCGUCGCUCUUGAAUCUGCGCGACACCACAUCGCCCUUGACUUUGGUAUUGGACUCUUUGGAGCAGCCAGCGACUCCGCUACUGAAAGAGUAUAUUCGACGGGCAAAGCUAUCUAAAUCCCACAUCACAUUCGUGUCUUUUGAGACAUUUGCACGUCCCGAAGGAGUAGAUUCCUUCAUUUCAGCCAUCAGGAAGAAUCCAAAUGAUGUGGCCAAAGAAGUGGUUUCGUCCUUUCCGCCUUGCGCAAAUAAACUGCAUAUCUCUCUCAUCGUGGUGUAUCACCAGGAUAUUCCUGUGUCAGGCACUUCUCGUCCCUAUACGCCGACGCUGCACUCUCUGUUGACGUACUUGGCAACCACCAUCUUCACUGUCCAUUCACUGCCACAUGUCUUGGCCCGGAAAGCUGCAGCUGAUAAAAGUAUGGUCACGCCUGUGUUUGGUCUUGACGAAGAGAGAGAAGGCAUUAUUCUCGGACGACAAGAUUCCGGGAAGAAUCUCGGAAACCACGACGGAAUUGUAUUGGAAAUGGAGCACAGACGAAAGAGCGGCAGAGGCAUUGCUGAAUGGUACUUUUUGCCUUUUCCGGCUUUCUAUGCCCGAGGAUCAGCGCGAGAAGUAGCUUCACUGCUUGACGAUCAUCCCCUUUACAAGCGAGAAGAGGAGCUGGGCCCAGGUGAAACAGAAGAAGAACCAGUGUCGACGUUUGAGCUUGGGCUUACAGAACGACAACGACGGGACAGAGAAAACGUGGUUCUGCCCUAUUUUGACGCACAAAAGGGAGAGGGCCCCGGUGAAGGUGGGCGCAUUCUAUACGAGAUGGGAGAAGAGGAUGAUUUUGACGAAGAAGAGGAUGAAAUAUGA